CUUCUCAAACUUCAUUAUUUUCAGUCGUUUUUUAUCUUUUUCAAGUUUAUAUAUUUCCUGCUGUAUGCCGAUAACGUGGACGAGGUAAUCGAUGGCCUCGAGGAGUGCUACCGUUGGGAGAGAGCGGGCCCGGCUGCUGCAGGAGUGCGAUCGGCAAAACGCUUGCAUUAUCUGAUUAUCAUCGGAAUGCAAAUAAUUUGGGCGGUUUCCAUGGUCGCCUUCGUCCUGCUAUUGGUUACCACGCCCCUCUGGACACAGCAGGACCUUCCGUUACAUGUUUCCUACCCUUUCCACUUACACGAUUCAUCAAAGCACCCCGUGACACACAUCCUCAUAUACAUAUCACAGUCAUGGAGCAUUCUGUAUUUCCUUACGGGGCUCAUCUCUACCGAAGGGCUAUCGAUCACUAUUUAUUCGCAGCUAACGACUGGAUUGACUGUCCUGUGCGUUGAGCUUCGGCAUCUUCACCAGCUCUGCGAUGGAGACGAGGAUCUGCUGCGAUGGGAGAUCAAUCGUCUAGUCAAAUAUCAUCAGAAGAUUAUCAGUCUGGUGGAUCGAAGCAAUGAGGUAUUCCACGGUCCUUUAAUCAUGCAAAUGAUCGUCAACUUCUUGCUGGUCUCCCUGUCGGUCUUCGAGGCAAUGAUGGCCAGGCACGACCCCAAGGUGGCAGGCCAGUUCAUACUUCUAAUGAUCUUGGCCUUGGGUCACCUGUCGAUGUGGACGAAAUUCGGGGACAUGAUGUCGCAGGAGUCGCUGGAAGUGGCCGAAGCUGCAUACGAGGCCUACGACCCAAGUGUUGAGUCCAAAAAAAUCGAUUGGAAUAUUCGCUUUAUAAUUAUGCGUGCCCAGGAGCCAUUGAUCAUGAGAGCUACUCCCUUUCCCACUUUUAAUAUGAUUAACUACAAGGCCAUACUCAACCAGUGCUAUGGAAUCCUCACGCUUCUGCUGAAUACUUUGGACUAGAAUAAUCUUGCCCUUCUGAACCAGCUUAUAAUUCACUUAUGCUCGCAUGUGUAUCACCGAUUCCCACAUUAAACACACCCCUCCCUGGUAAUCUUUGCUCUUAUUUUGGUC